AUGAAGGACAGUGUAGACUGCCCAAGCAUUCUACCCACCGACCGCACUUCAGUGCUUUCCGAGACUAGCACUUUGGUCGGAUCGAGUUCGCAUGUAUAUUCGAGGCAUGCUCCUAUGAACAGUUAUCAUAACAGCAUGAACAGCAACAUAUACCACAGCCCCAAAGCCAGUAGCCCUUUGGUGAGCUAUAAGACAUCUUCGCCGGUGUUAUUGAAGAGGGCGACCGCUCCUGUCCUGCCAAGCUUCAAGCCCAAGGAACAGCGAUAUAAUAAGCCGCAGGGUUGUUCGCUAAUUACUGCUGUAGAACUGGGCAAGAUUAUUGAAACCUUACCAGAUGAAAAGGUGCUCUUACUUGAUGUUAGGCCGUUUACCGAACAUGCCAAAUCCAUUAUCACAAACUCCAUUCAUGUAUGUUUGCCUUCCACGCUGCUGAGGAGGAAAAAUUUCACCUUUUCCAAACUCUUGGACAACUUAACUCCUAGCGAGCAAAGCGUGUUGAAAUCUAAACUGGCCAUCGAUAACCUUCGGAUUAUCAUUUAUGAUAGCACCGCAAAUCAAACGGAAAGUUCUGUUUCUUUACCUUGUUAUGGAAUAGCGUCCAAGCUAAUAGAGUUUGAUACUAAUGUUAAAAAAACCGUGUCUAUACUAAUGUGUGGUUUUCCUCAAUUCAAAAUUCUAUUUCCAGACCAUAUAAACACCAACACAUUUAACUCAGAUUGCAUUAGUUCGGCUGAACCUAAAAGCCCCAAGACAAACCUUAUGAACAGUCUACACAACACAGCGCCGCAUAUGACGGCGACAACACCACUAUCGUCUCCGCAAAUGAACCUUAAGUUGAAAGUUCCUGACGAUAGUAGGUCAGAUCAUUCAAACUUUUCCAGUUCUCCCUCUCCGCGUAACGUCCUAUCAGAUUCUCCCAUGUCUUCUUCUUCCCCCAUAUCUGCCUUAUUUAAGUUCCAGCUGCCUGCACCACAAACAAACAUAAACCAAAUGUUCAAAUUUUCGCAAAAUGAAGAAAUAAUGGGUUUAGAGACGUAUUUGAGUGCAGUCAACAUCAAAGAAGAACAUGAAAGAUGGUAUAAUAACGAUUCUGCCAAAAAAUCUUUACAAAACUUCCAAUUCCCAAAGAACCAAAAUUCUCUAGAAAAGGACACUAAUAAAGACAAACUAGGGUUUCAGAUCAGAUACGAAAACCUGAGCAAAAAUUACGAAAAGGAGGUCAUUGACUCCGUUAUACCUGAAUGGUUCCAGCAUCUGAUGUCAAUACCCAAGAUCGAGUUGGUUUCUCAGUUUCAAAAAUUAGAUUUUUUGGAAAAAAGGCGCUUGAACCAUUCUGUCUCUUUCAGGAAGAAGGAAAACUCGUUUAUACUUGAAAAGCCAUCAUCAUAUCCUGAACAGUUAACAUCAACUUCUUCUUCAACAAUCAUGCCUCCAAAAUUUCCUGACGUGAACAAAGUACAAAAGAGGUCGCAUUCUCAGCCAAUCUUCACUCAAUACAGUAAAUAUAAAUCGAUGCUCAGCCUUGAAUCAGAUUCCGAUUCGGAGUCAGAUGACGUUAUAAUAUCAUCAGGCGUUGAAUUAGGAGCCAAGAACAGGUACAAGGAUAUUUUUCCCUACGAGCAUUCGAGAGUGAUUCUAAAAAAAGGUUUGCAAUCAUCAAAAGGUAUCAAGCAUUCACAUUCUACUUCCGAUGGUGGCAUCCUCGACAAUUAUAUCAACGCAAACUAUUUGUCUCUGCCAAGGUUUUCUGUAGAGCAAAAUUCGUCAUUUCAAACAACUACAACCACAACAAGAAGAGUGCGCUAUAUAGCGACGCAAGCUCCAAUGCCCUCCACUGUACAUGACUUUUAUACAUGCAUAUUGAAUAAUGGCGUUCCGUUGGUUCUCUCAUUGACAAAUGAUUUCGAAAAUGGCAUUGAGAAAUGUUAUCGAUAUUGGCAAGAAGGUAAUUAUAACGGUAUUCACGUUAAAUUGUUAGAAAAAAAAAUAUUAAAGAUGCCUAGCACUACUAGCAUGAGGAAAAAUACUAUGGGAACACAAAAUAGUAGUUUAUAUUCAGCUGGUGUUCAGGGAAAUAGUAGUAACUAUAGUACUGAUAAUGAUAAUGAUAAUGACAACAAUAAUAAUAACAAUAACAAUAGUAAUAUUGCUGUUACUGCUGCUGCUUGUGAUGAUGAUGAUGAUGAUGAUGAUGACGCAAUUCUCAUAAGAAAAAUUCUGCUAACAUAUCAUGAUCAAGAGAAACCUUAUGAAUUGUUACAGAUUCAGGUGAAAAAUUGGCCUGAUUUGGGCACUUUACUCAAUCCUAUCUCAAUCUUACAAGCAAUCAAUGUCAAGAAUCACAUAAUAGAUACACUAUUUGCCAGAAAUUACUAUCAAAACGACCAACUUCCUACCAUUUUGGUUCAUUGUUCCGCAGGUUGUGGAAGGACUGGUACUUUGUGUACCAUUGAUUCCAUUCUAUCCAAUUUCGAAAUGUUUGAAAUGUUGCAGAAAGAGUUUGUUAAAUUAAAAUACCCGGCAAAGUUAUUCGAUCCAAUUUCAUGGACAAUUAAUAUUUUUAGAAAGCAACGAAUAUCCAUGGUCCAGAACAUUAAUCAAUUUAUUUUCAUUUAUGACUGCUUGCUAUUUUACUUUAGAUUACGUCUUGAUGACAUAACAGAGAGAACGGAUGGUGAUGGAAGUAACAAGGACAAUAUAUCAUUAAGUGCAUUAAUUGAACAAAUCGAAAAAUUAGAGAUCUUGCAGACAUUCGUGGAUGAUAAGUUGAAAGAAUUGCCACAAUAG